GUGAUGCGUUCGCUGUCAAAAUGGAUUUUGACAUAAGCAGGAACUAAGUAGCUGAAAUUCCUGGUUCCGAAGGCAGGCACGCACACACGCGCGUGAAAUUUGUCUCGAGGAAACGGUUCUCGGGGCGUGCUGGCCUUCCUUAGCAUGUGAAAAUUUGCUGAUGGAGUUGAUGGUUUCCAGUAUUGUCGGUGAACUCCUGGGCCUUGAGUGAAAAAUUGGCCUCCGGCCCCUAAGCCACAGAGUUCCACUUGUACAGCCCUGGGAGAGCCGGCAGGGCUGGCAGCGUGGUGUAGUGGUUCUGAAGUGGAAGGAGACAGCACUGGGGAGAGUGGGAAAAGCACAUUCAUUAAGCAAAUGCGUAUAAUUCAUGGCUCAGGCUACUCUGAAGAGGACAAAAAAGGCUUCACCAAGCUGGUGUACCAAAACAUCUUCACUGCCAUGCAGUCUAUGAUAAGAGCCAUGGAAACCCUGAAGAUUCUGUACAAAUAUGAACAGAACAAGGCCAAUGCAGUGCUGAUCCGAGAAGUGGAUGUAGAAAAGGUCAUGACAUUUGAGCAGCCAUAUGUAAGUGCAAUUAAAACAUUGUGGAAUGACCCUGGAAUACAAGAGUGUUAUGACAGGAGAAGAGAAUAUCAGCUUUCUGACUCAGCUAAAUACUAUCUCAGUGACGUGGAUCGUAUUGCUACCCCAGGAUAUCUACCAACUCAGCAAGAUGUGCUACGGGUUAGAGUUCCUACAACUGGUAUCAUAGAGUACCCCUUUGACCUAGAGAAUAUUAUCUUCAGAAUGGUGGAUGUUGGAGGUCAAAGAUCAGAACGAAGGAAGUGGAUCCAUUGCUUUGAAAAUGUGACUUCCAUCAUGUUUUUAGUAGCACUUAGUGAAUAUGACCAAGUUCUGGUGGAAUCGGAUAACGAGAACCGAAUGGAAGAGAGUAAAGCUCUCUUUCGAACCAUUAUAACUUAUCCAUGGUUCCAAAACUCUUCUGUUAUCCUCUUUCUCAACAAGAAAGAUUUGUUGGAAGACAAGAUCCUGUAUUCCCACCUCGUUGACUAUUUCCCGGAGUUUGAUGGCCCACAGAGGGAUGCACAGGCAGCCCGCGAGUUCAUCCUCAAGAUGUUUGUGGAUUUAAAUCCUGACAGUGAUAAAAUCAUCUAUUCCCAUUUCACAUGUGCUACAGACACAGAAAACAUCCGUUUCGUCUUUGCAGCUGUCAAGGACACCAUCCUACAGCUCAACCUGAAGGAGUACAACCUGGUUUGACCUGCUCUGCUCUUGCCCCUUGAGAGGCUUCUUUGUGAAGAAAGACAAAAAAAGAAAUUUUAAAUAUGACAGGAAAAAAAGUUUUAAUUUUUGAUGAUGUAAUGAGUGCAAAUUGUCUGAUCUGUGGAGUGGCAAGUGCUCAGUGUUAUCCUGGAGUCUCAUGUCUCUGUCCACAGAGUAGUUGAUUUCAUAUUUUUAACAAAUUGCUUUUAUUUCACAGUUAACGGGGAUAUGCCUCAUUUCUUCAGCACCUUGCUUACGUCUUAAUUUUUGCCAAGCAGCUAAGGCAGUCUCAUCUUGGUCUUUCCUUUGUUGCUUAGCCACCGGGUUUUUUUCCCCCCUUUCAUUUCCAUGGUAUAUAUAGAAAAAACACUUUCCAGCUGAGAUUAUGAAUUCACUGGACAGUGGGAGUGCAGAAUGCUACUGGUCCCUUUGCCUUGUGCUAUAGGGUGCCUCUGGUGUAAUUUGCUAAAUCUGCUUGCUUCCCCCCUCCUUUCCCUUCCCUUCCCCAGGACACUCUCCAUGGUUCACUGUGAUGAAAUGUUGGGGAGGAGCAAUUGCUCUCCAACUGUUGUGCAAAAAAAAUGGCAAAACAAAAAAAAAAAAGCCAUCACUUUUCCAUUCUUUAUAUGUUCUGAGUUAUUUUUUUCUUAUCAAUUAUAAAAGAUAUGGAGACUGUGAUUUUUUUUUUUUUUUAAAUUAUUGAUGUUCUAUACAUAGUUUGCUACAUGUUGCUGUAUUUUGUUCAUGGACUACAAAUGAUGGAAGCUCUUGGAGCAAUAGCUGCUGAGCCUGGGGAAGUGCCUGACUGUAAUUGUUCUGUUGUUUUAUUUUAUUUAGUUCUUGUUUCUUUUUCACACACAUCCCCCUCCACACCACAAAUGUGUGGCUGUGUGCUCACAAGGCUCAGUUUGCUGAGAGAAAAUAGGUUUUGUUGAGUAGAGUAUAUGACAUCAAUGAACAACUUCUCUAUGCAGCAGUUUCCGAAAGCACACUGAGUAAUUGUGGCAUUUGAACAUCAGACUUUGGCUGGAUUGAAAAUCUUAGUCCUGUGCCAUCCUCUAGGUCUUUUCUUGCUGCCAGUAGCAAACAGGCCUUGUUUAUUGUAUUUUGUGCCAAUGUGUGAAUGACUUAGUAAGAAUUCCUCACUCCUGUCCAGCUUGCAGAGUUUUAGAAAGGACCAGAGUUGGUGGGUGACAGACUUCGGGACACUGGUAGGAUUCUUACUUGAGAAGAGUGAGAGUAGCUCUUGGAGGGAGCGGCAGUUCUCUCUCCCCUCUUUAUGCAUUCCCCUGUGGCACAUGCUGCUGUGUUCCUCUUUGGAAGACUUGCACACACACUUGCUCCUGGGUGGGUGUGAUAACCGAGUUACAGUGGUCGUGGCUGGAGCACAGCUGCUGUGGAACCCGGAGAGCACUGCUGUGGGUGCACUUGGCUCAGCAGGAGAGGAGGGGAGAGGCAGCAGCACUUGCUGGUGCAGGUGGAAGGCAGAGUGGAAAUAGUUCUGAAUUCUAGAUGCCACCUGAAUCUCCACUAAGUGGAAAGAUGUGAAGCCUUUGCACAUUAGAAAGCUUUUUCAAGGAGCUGAGGCAAGUCAACAGAUGUGCUGAGGAGCUGUUGCUGGCCGAGAAGUGCAGUGGCAAGACAAGAAGUGAGUGUGAAGCAGGGAGAUCUGACCCGCAUCUGGACAUGUGUCAUUUGGCCAUCGCUAAUGCUUCUGUUUCAAUUCCAACAAAUAGCACUGGGUCCAAAAUCUCUGGAUCAGCCAGACUGCCCCAUUGAAGGCUAGCAGGCUGCCAGCAGAAAAAGACUAAAUGAGCUGCACUGUUGAAAGGGGCUGUUGAUAUUUUGUCUGUUUUGUAGACAGUGCACUACAUCGGUGUUUUGCACAACAUGUAAAUCUAACUGUCUGAGAUGCUUAAGAUGCUUUGAUUUAGAACACUAAAAUAUGGAGGGACAUAACUUUGAAUAAUUUUAUUUAUAGAUCCCUCUGGAUUUCCAGAAUAGCCAAGUGAAGCCUCUGUGUUCCUCAGGGCACUACAGAAGAUGGCAAGCACUGCUACAAGUGAUUAGAGAGCUUAAGUUGGAACAGUAGCCAUGGGACAAACAGUUAAAAAGCCAGUCUAGCCAAGUGGUGAUGCUGAGGAAAACAUAGCAUCUCAUAGCCAUGCUCUGGACUGCAUUUAACCCUUGGGAGGAAUGAGAGGGAUUCCCAUGUGUCAGACAGCUUUGCAUCAGUUUUACUGCUUUUUUUUUUCAUCUUUAUGUCAAAAUGAUCCAUUUUGUAGAAACUGUCCUAUAAGGAGGAAUUUAUAAUCAUCUUCAUGUAUUCUAAGUGCUGUCCCUCUGAAGCAGACGGCAGCACCAGCCUCUUAACGCUUCUGUGAUCCUUUUGUAAAUGGUUCACACUACAGCUGUUGCCAGCAAUGAACCUGGCACUGAGAUACACAGGUUCUUGGAAAUAACUUCCCAGAAGUUUUUUUUUUUUCCGAGGUGAAUGAUGGUGGUACUUCCACUUGAAUCAGAAACUUUUUGUCUUUGUUUCCUACCUUCCCCUUCUUUAAGAGCUGCUGCCCUGGCACUGGAGGAGGGAUCUUGGCAUCUGUCUCUUGCAGAGUGACUCUGCAUCAUCAUGGGCAACUGUGGGAGACUAUGGGCACAAAGAUUUAGGGAUGUGCUGUACCUUAUGGAGCACCUGCUUGGUGUAGCUGUUGGCCUGAUCACUGGCUCGAUGUGCUGAGCAUUGUGGAGGGGAGGGCAGAGCGUUGCACAGUGACUCUCCCAAGUUCCUGAAACCUCAUUCUGAAUUGGGGUAGGAAUGGGUCAGACUUGUGCACAUCAUCUGGAGUUGUCUAUGACUGUAUCAUAUGUGAGAAGAUACCAGUGUUAGCACAUGCUUUUCUUAGUAAAUAGUAGCUUGUGUGCCUCCAGCUUGGCCAGCAAAGCAUUCCUGCAGAACUGGCUCCAGUCUCUGUUGGCUGGCAAAUGCUUGCCCUAGCAAAAGUGCCAAACCUUAGACCAAAUUUGCCUAUAUCAUCUUUUCUGGAAGUGAGGCCUGUCGGAAUUUUCUGCAGGUUGAGACAACAGAUUGACUUUCAGAAAAGAGGUAAAACUGCGUUCUUGUAGGGAACCUAGAGUCUGAGGAAGUGGUCUCCUGGCUAACUUCUGCUCCUUGUGCACUUUUAAUCUUUGUUCUGCUGAAGAAACCAACAUACUUUGAACGAGUUUGAAACUUGAAGUCAGUGAGCAGAGGACCAUCCCGUUUCCUUGCACCAUUCCAUGUGGAUUGGCUAUCUGGUGAGCAAAAGCCCCUUCCUGCUGCGUGUCAGAUAGCUCCUUCCCUUCCUGCCUUUCCCUUUCUCCUCAAGUUGGAUUCUUUGGUCUCUUGUUGUUGCUUCCUAGCAAUGUUGGCCUUGUGUUCAACUAUGGUUUUUCUUCAUGUGUUUUAUUGGUUAAAAAAAAAAAAAAACCCACAAAAAAACCAAAAAACCACCAAAAAACAACAAAAACCACAACAACAAAAAAAAACACAAAACAAAAAAAAACAAAAACAAACAAACAAAAAAACCCAAAACAAAACAAAAAAAAAACCUUCCAGAGUGUGCUGACCAUUGUAUUGUCCUGUACAGAGCCCAGGUCAUUAGAGUCCAGCAGAGAUAAAGUGUGUUAUGCAGCACCCAGUUUUUUAAGAGUAUGGUUUGUGCCAAUGCCCCUUCUUUAGUAGUGCCAGAGACUCUUUACAAGUGCCAAUGUGGUGGAAAUUAUUUGGUUAUACUUGUAUAUUAUAGGAUCCUGAUUUAAGACAAUGUAAACAUUAUCCUAUUUAAAAAGAUACUAUAUAAAAUGCUGUUUUUAAACCUUGUAAUUUGCAAUGCAUGUAUUGUUGUGCGUGUUGGGGGGUGGGGAGGGAAGAGGGUAGGGUAAAGGAGUUUCUGAAUAAGAUGCCCAGUGUCAGGAUCUAUUCAGACUCCAAACUGUCUCAUUCCAGUCCAGGAGUGUGAUUGUUUCUUGGAAAGAUCCCACUCUGACUGCUGGGCAACACCCUUAUUACAGAAAUAUCUGAUGGAAAUUGAUUUUCAUAUCUUUCUCCUGAAAUAAACUCUCUGUUUGAAAUUGGAAUAAAUUUUGUUCCUAAAA